GUGGGUUCUUCUCCCUGCCGUUCCAUACCUCCCCCUCGCUUUCUGUCUCAUCCUUUUCUCUCCUCGCUUGGAGGGAGAGAGAGAGAGAGAGAGUGGUAGAGAGAGAUGGCUACCGUCAUACUGUCAGAAGCAGUCGUUAGGCCUGGCGUCUGCUCUCUUCCUUCUUCCUCUGCUUCCACUCCUCGUCCUCCCCUCUUUGCUUCCUUCGCAAAUGGUUCUCUGAGGUCUUGCCGGGAGGCCAGACUGGCGCUUUUCUUUCGUCGUAAGUUGCCCAACAACCGGAUUCCUGCGCGAAGCACCUCAUUGACGGCGAAUGCUUCUGCGCCAAGAAAUGGGGUUUAUACAGUUGGGGACUUUAUGACUAAGCGAGAGAAUCUUCAGGCGGUUAAACCUACCACCAGUGUAGAUGAAGCUUUGGAACUUCUCGUAGACAAGCGGAUUACUGGCUUUCCUGUGAUUGAUGAUGAUUGGAAUUUGGUUGGGGUUGUGUCAGAUUAUGACUUAUUGGCUCUGGACUCCAUAUCAGGAGGUGGAGGAAGGUCUGAGACCGGUUUAUUUCCCGAAGUUAAUAGUACCUGGAAAACAUUUAACAAGAUACAGAGGUUACUUAGUAAAACCAAUGGUAAGGUGGUGGGCGAUGUGAUGACCCCUGCACCACUUGUUGUUCGUGAAACGACAAACUUGGAAGAUGCUGCCAGGUUACUUCUUGAAACAAAGUACCGCCGCCUGCCUGUGGUGGAUGGCAAUGGCAAGCUGGUGGGGAUUAUUACUAGAGGCAAUGUGGUUAGAGCUGCUCUUCAACUAAAACAUGAAAGCGAAAACAUGAACUAGAGAGAUGCUUAACCAGUGCAUUGGAAGGUGAUUGACCAGUACAAAUGCACUUGAAGGUGAUUGACUAGUGCCAAAUGCACUUCAGGAAGUUUUGAUUAACAAACUCAGGUUCUACUGGAAAACAUUCUUCGACGGGUUUGUUGUCUUGCUAAUCUUUGAGUGCUAUAGUGGGGGCUCACGUGGGGAAAGUUGUUUACGUUCACCAUUGUGACAUGUUCCUUAACAUUGUUUGUACCGAUGAUCUCCAAAGUGGUCCCAAGAGAUAGAAAACAUGUAUUGCACUAAAUAUUUUCCCAUGUCAAAUCCAGGCUAUCUAGUUUUCCA